ACCUCUCUCUCCCCGUAAUACCUACAUCCCCAUUACCUACUAGAGCAACUUUAAACAAUCUCUCAUAACUACCACAACUUUCUAAGCUCGCCAUCAACACCCGGUUUAAUAUACCACUCCCAUCCGUCCGCCUCCAAGAUCUAUCAUUCUACAUUUCUCUAUUUUCGUUUUUACUUCAAAAAACCCGCUUACACCAUCACAAUGCCAUACUCUGAAGCUUGCCCGGUCUACGCGCCUUUCUUCGGCGCCAUGGGUUGCACAGCAGCCAUCGUAUUCACCUGCUUAGGUGCUUCCUACGGAACCGCCAAGUCCGGUGUUGGUAUCGCGGCUAUGGGUGUUUUGAGACCUGACCUCAUCGUGAAGAACAUUGUUCCCGUCAUUAUGGCUGGUAUCAUUGGUAUCUACGGUCUCGUCGUCUCUGUCCUGAUUUCCGACGGUUUGACCCAAGAGCUCCCUCUCUACACUGGAUUCAUUCAGCUGGGUGCGGGUCUCUCGGUGGGUCUGGCUGGUCUGGCUGCUGGGUUCGCUAUCGGUAUUGUUGGUGACGCUGGUGUACGAGGAACCGCUCAGCAACCUAGACUCUUCGUCGGCAUGAUCCUUAUUCUCAUUUUCGCCGAAGUCUUGGGUCUCUACGGUCUCAUUGUCGCUCUUCUGAUGAACUCCAAGGCCAGCGUCGAUGUUAGCUGUUAAAGGAACGUCGCUGACACCACAACGGCAUUCUAUUCGAUGCGGUAGCUUGAGGAUGAGGGGCAACGAUAAGUUGUUACCGAAUACGCUUAGCAUGUCCCAUCUUAUAGGUUACUUCGUCCGAACAAACACUACAUACGACGCAAAUUACGGCAAGGGCUAACCCAACAAUCGAAGACAAGGAACUACGAGUUCUAAGGCUGUCAGGGGAUGUGUGGCGAGAGUGGUAGAAUGGGGCAUAUGGUGACGACUGAGCAAGAACCCGCAUUUGUAUUACUUGUUGCUGCAUAUGUUGUACGCUCCGGAACGGUUUCUCGUCAUAGAAUAAUGGAUGGGAAAUCAUGUACUCUAGGUUGGUAAUCGGUUCUCAUGGAAGAAAGUGAUUUUUAUAUUAAAAUUUUUGUUCCCCAUUAAUGCAACGAGUCCGCAUUUACUCCAAGCUACGCUCAAUUGUCGCCACUGACCGAACAAUCCGACAAUGUGAUUUAAAG